AUGAGAAGAUUUCAACGUCAAGUCCUCUUCAUUUCUCUCUGCAUCUUGGACCUCUCCGUUGUCACCGAAGGGCGCCCCCUCAGGAAAAGAACGGUGAGCGAAGUCCAGCUCAUGCACAACCUCGGGGAGCACAAACAGAUGCAGGAGCGCCGAGACUGGUUGCAGUUGAGGCUCCAGGGCAUCCUCACCGCUCCGGGCCACAGCCGAUGGGAGACGGGCCGGUCGAGCAGGAGGUUGAUUCCCGACGAGCUGCCCGAAUUCGCCGGCAUGACAACGGAGGAGCUCCAAGAAGCCUUGAAAAUAUUUGAGAAGCUGCUCAACUCUAAAUACUCGUGA